AUGGUGAUGACUCUGGAGCAAUGGUGUAUGGCCGAGAAGGACACGCCGCUGCUGAAGUUUCAUGAGUUCAUCGCCAAAGGUUACGAAGAACUUGAAGAUGAGACUAUGCGAAUGACUCACGCUCUGGGUUUGCAUCGAAGAGGGAGUUCCCAAAGGCAUCCUUGCGACUCCUCAUAUGGGCAAGAAGAAUCAAGCGCAGCCUACGAGGAUUGGAUGCAGGAGGUCAAGCCCAGUGGACGCGCCAUGACGCACUCUGCGAAGAAUCAAAAGCUUCCACACGACGAUACUGCGACACCUUUUAUGUAUCUUACCCCAAAGCUCUCCUACAUCGAUCACCCCGCGAUCAUGUCUGCCAAGAUUUGCGGACCCAAUCCGCCAGAUAGAGAGCGACUUUACUUAUGUGACGGACAUGGAGCGAGUUCUGAUGCCGGAGCGUAUCUUUUACAGCGUCUUAUGACACGAGAGAACCCCGACCAGAGAGCAUCAGCGGCAGUGUGCUUGGAACGCCUGCGGGAACUCGAAGGAGAUGGCGGUAUCAAGACGUGCGAGUGCCCCAAGUGCGAAUCCUGCGGCGAAAACUUCUCCAAGUGCGAGCAGGAAGGUGUCAGAAAAUAG